AUGCGUCCUAGUCUUCUCUGCUGUCUCUUGUUGUAUCUCUCUUCGUCUCUCCUUGCUGGCCUUGUUGUAUCCCCCUGCCCCAAAGGCUGCUGCUGUCCCAGUCCUGGUGCUCUGGUUCUGUGCGAGUCUCUUGGCCUGCAUACUCUGCCUCGCUCCGUCCCCCUAAGCACCGCCAUCCUCUCCGUAGCCCGGAAUCGGCUCUGCAAUGUGGAUAAUGUGUUCCAGCCAUAUUCUGGCCUGCAGGAGUUGAGCCUCAGCCACAACCAACUGGUCCGUUUUCCUCGUGGGCUUCCGUCAAGUCUGGAAACCCUUCAGCUUCAGGAGAACCAGAUCACCUACAUCAUGGCCGGGUCUCUGAGGCAGCUCGGGAACCUCACACGCUUGGAUCUGGAGGAUAACCGGAUACGAGCAAUUCAGCCGGGGGCACUGCAAGGUCUGACCAGACUGAGGAUGUUGACUCUGAAGGGGAACAGAUUGUCUCGUCUGCCACCAAACCUGCCUUCUUCGCUAAUACACCUGGAUGUGUCAGCGAACUGCAUAUCUACCCUAGAUCUGUCCUCGUUGGGUGCACUGGUGAACCUACAAGUGUUAAAGAUUAACAGUAACUGUUUGCGCUCUAUACCCGAGCGGGCUUUUGAUGGAUUGUCCCGACUCCGAUCAGUGGAACUAGCCAAUAACCAGUGGGUUUGUGAAUGUGACAUCUUGUAUCUUUAUAGAUGGCUUCUGACAGACAGGUUACGGAUGGCGACGGAUCUAGUAUGUACAGCUCCUUUGCACCUCGCACAGAAAUUGUUAUUAACUCUAUCAGUCAUGGCCAUCUGCCCAAAACUUUUUAAGCCUGUUGAGAGAAAAUCAACAUCAGUGAAUACAGAAUCUGGGAAAGUGGUUGAAAGUCAUAUAGAACAGACUAUAAGUGCAUAUAUGUUGGUUAGAUCUGACACCGCUUGCAACGCGAGUUCUUUCAGAUGUCGAGAAUCUUCAAAACUACCUGAGAGCACAAUAUCAAGGUCCUUUUUUGGGUCAGACCAGCCCACCUUAGAGAGACUGAGCUACGAAGACUGCCUCUCUCUAAAUUUGACAUCUUUUAUACCCCAAUCCACCCAAGCACCGUACAGUCUAGCCACAGAUGAGGAAGCUAGUUGUGUGGAGAAUUCGACAGGUAAGCCACCAGGAGCUUCAGCCACUGUCACAUCCACUGGUUCAAUGACCCCAACUAGAGACACUGAACUCACUCCUCGGACAAUACUACAGUCCAGUGACCCGGCGCUGAUUGCGAUCCUGGCUGUUCUUUGUGUGCUUACAGGACUGCUGAUGCUUACAGUGCUUUUGGUACUGAAGGACAUCCUUCUACGAAACCUGAGAGUUGCACCGCUUCCACAGGUUCAAGGAGACAUUAGCACACAUUCAUGA